GGUUGUGGGGGAGGCUACAAAGACGUUAAAAGUGCGAAAAAGCCACAAUUGAACAUAUACACGUUCUGGUCUGUCUGCCAGGUCGAGGACUUUGUGGAUCCUAAUGGUAAAAUCUAUCUGCAACGUGAGGAGACACCAUCCAACCGUGGUGAAUCUACAGUGCUGAGUUUUGUUAGUUGGCUCACCCUUAGUGGGACGGAGCAAUCUGGUAUGAGAGGGCCAUCUACAGAGACACAGGAGGCAAAGCGAACGGCUCUGGAGUGCAUAAAGCACUGUGAUCCUGAGAAGUUGAUCACAGAAAGCAAAUUCCUCCAACUUGAAUCCCUCCAGGAGCUCAUGAAGGCUCUAAUCUCUGUGACUCCUGAUGAGGAGACAUAUGAUGAAGAGGAUGCUGCCUUCUGCUUGGAGAUGCUUCUGAGGAUUGUGCUAGAGAAUAGGGACCGUGUGACCUGUGUCUGGCAAACUGUCCGAGACCACCUCUAUCAUCUCUGUGUCCAUGCAAUGGACUUCUGCUUCUUGGUGGAAAGAGCAGUGGUGGGGCUGCUGAGGUUAGCAAUCCGGCUCCUUCGUCGGGAAGAAAUCAGCGCGCAGGUUCUCUUAUCAUUACGUAUCCUGCUCAUGAUGAAGCCAAACGUGCUGUCCAGAGUUAGCCAUGAGGUUGCCUAUGGCCUCCAUGAACUCCUGAAGACAAAUGCUGCCAACAUUCACUGUGGGGAUGACUGGUACACGCUCUUCACCCUCCUGGAGUGUAUUGGGUCGGGGGUGAAGCCGCCUGCAGCCCUGCAGGUUACAGCAAGGGCAGAUAACGACACAGGUGCUCAGUCAGACAGCGAGGUCUCCUCCUCCUAUCAUCCAAGUGACAUGAGCCUGGACCGUGGCUACACCUCUGAUUCAGAGGUGUACACAGACCAUGGGAAGCCAGGCAAGAUGCAUCGCUCCGUGACAGAUGUGGAUGUCAUGAACAGUGGCUGGCUGGUGGUGGGGAAAGAUGACAUCGACACUUCCAGAUCCAGUGCUGGGCUCAGCAGGCUGGGGCCGUCUCCUCUUGUCAACCAGUACAGCCUGACUGUGGGGCUGGAUUUGGGACCACAUGACACAAAGUCUCUCAUGAAGUGCGUAGAGUCCCUGUCUUUCAUCGUGCGAGAUGCUGCCCAUGUUACACCUGAGAACUUUGAGCUCUGUGUCAAAACCAUCCGUAUCUUUGUGGAAGCGAGCUUGAAUGGAGGCUACAAGUCCCAGGAGAAGAGAGGGAAGAGCCACAGGUAUGACAGUAAAUCCAGUCGGUUAAAGAAGAAGCCAAAGGAGAGCUCUGCACGGCGAUCGCGGGUCUUGAGCCAGCACCAGGCACACACACACAGUGAUGAGGAUGAGGAUGAGAGCAUCCCUGCCAGCUACCACACUGUGUCUUUACAGGUUAGUCAGGACCUCCUGGACCUCAUGCACACCUUGCACACGCGAGCAGCCACCAUCUACAGCUCCUGGGCAGAGGAGCAGCGCCAUCUAGAGACGACAGGGAGGAAAAUCGAGGCAGAUUCCCGAACGCUGUGGUCCAACUGCUGGUGUCCUUUGCUACAGGGUAUUGCCUGGCUGUGCUGUGAUGCUCGACGCCAGGUACGGAUGCAGGCACUCACUUACUUGCAGCGGGCCCUCCUGGUACAUGACCUGCAGGCCCUGGAUGCCCUGGAAUGGGAGUCCUGCUUCAACAAGGUACUGUUCCCUCUGCUAACCAAGCUACUUGAGAACAUCAGCCCAGCUGACGUUGGUGGGAUGGAAGAAACUAGGAUGAGAGCCUCAACACUACUCUCCAAGGUGUUCUUACAGCAUCUCUCCCCGCUGCUCUCACUGACCACCUUUGCUGCCCUGUGGCUGACAAUCCUGGACUUUAUGGACAAGUACAUGCAUGCUGGCUCCAGUGACUUACUGCUGGAGGCCAUCCCUGAGUCUCUGAAGAAUAUGCUGCUUGUAAUGGAUACGGCUGGGAUAUUCCACAGUGCUGACUCGCGGACAGGAUACUCAGAUCUCUGGGAGAUCACCUGGGAGCGGAUUGACUGUUUUUUACCCAGGCUGCGGGAUGAGCUCUUCAAACAGACAGUCAUCCAAGAUCCUGUCCCAAGCAUACCAAUGGAGCAGCAGCAUCAGAAAUCAAUAGUGUCUGCCCUGCCCCCUUCUCCUGUGGGUGAUGUGAGACCAGCCACCCACCUGGCUCCUUUGGAGAAGCCCUGUGAACUGGGUGCCAGCGAGUCCGAGAGAGCCACUGCACCUGCCUCACCCACCAUCAGCACCUCUGCCUCUCCUUCUUUCCCAGCAUCAGCUCCGGCAAAGACAAGCCCCGUUACAGACAUACCUCCUACGACAGCGCAGCCGCCACUCAUCCUGCAGCCUCUUGCUUCUCCUCUGCAGGUUGGGGUGCCACCCAUGACUCUGCCAAUCAUUCUCAACCCAGCCCUAAUUGAAGCCACCUCUCCUGUUCCUCUCUUAGCUACUCCACGGCCCACUGACCCCAUGACAACCUCUGAAGUCAAUUAGUUUGACGUUGUCUGAGAACUGUCUGCUGAGGAAGCUCUGUGGGUGGAGGAUGCUGGCCAAAUGUUCUCUGGUAGCGGGCAUGUUUGUUUUAGAAGAUGAUGCUAACCUGAGCAGAAAGGCUGCUGCCACAGUGCCCCUGGAGCACAUCACGUUCUGCUCCCUGCUUGGUGCAACCACCUAGAAAUGCACCUAUAAAUCCCUAUAUUCUUGGAGAGGUGCCCAGUUCCGCUGACCAGUCUCCUUCCUGCCUUCAAAAUCUCGGGGUCCAGGGAAUGCCUACACCCAGCAGCCUGGGACCAAGCUGCCACCAGUUCAUCUGGUGAAGAAGGAAAACAAUUUGAUGUCAUACCAGAGAGGGGCUGCAGUACAGGACUGCCUCUC